AGCCCUAGUCGCGACUGCCUGGAUAGAGGCCCCCGCCGCUCGCCCCCCUGCCGCCCUCCCGAGCCGUCCCCGUCCGCCCCCUUCAGGCGUCCUCUCUUGAUCCCGACGCAGGGGAAACAUGGCGGCGGGGAGGGAGUGAGCCGCUCCGCGCUGCUUCGCGUCCGCAGAUUUCUCCAUCUUACUAAAGAGAAAUGAUUUCCUAUUUGGUAUAGCUGAUGGUACCAUGCAAAACUCAGAUCCUCGAAAAGAUGGAGAAAUUAACAUACAGAGAAACUGUCUUCUCAGAGGUCAGAGCGAGGAAUUGGUGGAUCCAGGGAUAAAUCCCAAACUUCCUAACACCUUGACCAGUUUUUAGUUCAUUGACUAUGCAGCCUAGUGAAAUAGACUGGAAUGAUGUUAGAAAACACAAAUAUGGUCAUCUAUUGGAGUCUGCAUCCCAACAUCAAGAAGCUACUGACAUCCUGGAGCUAGGGUUGUUCAGAAGAUUGCAUGAUCUAAUGGAUGUGAAAACAUCUUAAAAACUCAAAUACUUUUCAACUUUGGAGGAUUAUUAUUUUCAUCCUGUUCAGCAACUAUCCUCAGACUUUAAGUCAAAUUUUGUGACAUUCUUUGAAGUGAAGCAUUCUGUGAAUGUGAGCUGAAGAAAUGAAUGAAAUGAAAUAAUGCAGCAUCUAGUGCUUUUUGCAUGGCCCAAAGUGGCUCUGUGCUGCUCCACUGCAGAGGAAACUUCAAGAAAUGCUGGUUUGCUACAGUGUUUUAGCUUGUGAGCAUCUCUGGGAUCUUCCCUGCUCCAUCAUGGGGGCUCCUCUAGGUCAUUUUACCUGGGACAAAUACCUAAAAGAAACAUGUUCAGUCCCAGCGCCUGUCCAUUGCUUCAAGCAGUCCUACACACCUCCAAGCAACGAGUUCAAGAUCAGCAUGAAACUGGAGGCACAGGACCCCAGGAAUACAACAUCCACCUGUAUCGCCACAGUAGUUGGACUGACGGGUGCCCGCCUCCGCCUUCGCCUUGAUGGCAGUGACAACAAGAAUGACUUCUGGCGGCUGGUUGACUCAGCUGAAAUCCAGCCUAUUGGGAACUGUGAAAAGAAUGGGGGUAUGCUGCAGCCUCCUCUGGGAUUUCGGCUGAAUGCCUCCUCUUGGCCCAUGUUCCUUUUGAAGACACUAAAUGGAGCAGAAAUGGCUCCCGUCAGGAUUUUCCAUAAGGAACCACCAUCACCUUCCCACAACUUCUUCAAAAUGGGGAUGAAGCUGGAAGCUGUGGACAGGAAGAACCCUCAUUUCAUUUGCCCAGCCACUAUUGGGGAAGUGAGGGGCUCAGAGGUGCUUGUCACUUUUGAUGGGUGGCGAGGAGCCUUUGACUACUGGUGCCGCUUCGACUCCCGCGACAUCUUCCCUGUGGGCUGGUGUUCCUUGACUGGAGACAACCUACAGCCACCUGGCACUAAAGUUGUGAUUCCAAAGAGUCCCUGUCCUGCAUCUGAUGUGAACACUGAGAAGCCCAGCAUCCACUGCAGCACCAAAACUGACUUGGAGCAUCAACCAGGGCAGAGAGGGCGUAAACCAGGAAAGAAGCGGGGCCGGACACCCAAGCCCCUCAUUCCCCAUCCCAUCGCCACCCCAUCUAAGUCAGCUGAACCUUUGAAAUUCCCAAAGAAGAGGGGUCCCAAACCUGGCAGUAAGAGGAAACCUCGGACUUUGAUGAACCCACCACCCACCUCACCAACAACCAGCACCCCUGAACCGGACACCAGCACUGUACCCCAAGAUGCUGCCACCAUCCCCAGCUCAGCCAUGCAGGCCCCCACAGUUUGUAUUUACUUGAACAAGAACGGCAGCACUGGCCCCCACUUAGAUAAGAAGAAGAUCCAGCAGCUCCCUGACCAUUUCGGGCCAGCCCGCGCCUCUGUGGUGUUGCAGCAGGCUGUCCAGGCUUGCAUUGACUGUGCUUAUCACCAGAAAACUGUCUUCAGCUUCCUCAAACAGGGCCACGGUGGUGAGGUUAUCUCAGCUGUGUUUGACCGUGAACAGCACACCCUCAACCUCCCAGCCGUCAACAGCAUCACCUACGUCCUCCGCUUUCUGGAGAAACUCUGCCACAACCUUCGCAGUGACAAUCUGUUUGGCAACCAGCCCUUUACACAGACUCACUUGUCACUCACCACCACAGAGUACGGCCACAGCCACGACAGGUACCUACCAGGUGAAAACUUUGUCCUGGGGAAUAGUCUGGCCCGGUCCUUGGAGCCACACUCAGACUCAAUGGACUCUACCUUGAAUCCCACCAACCUUGUCAGCACCUCCCAAAAUCUUCGAACCUCUGGGUACCGGCCUUUGCUUCCAUCCUGUGGCCUCCCGCUGAGCACUGCCUCAGCUGUGCGUAGGCUGUGCUCCAGGGGAGUGUUAAAAGGAUCAGAUGGAAGCAGGGAUAUGGGAUCGUUUUGGAAACUAACUCAUUCCCCAGGGUCAGACCGAUACCUGGAAAGCCGGGAUGCCCCUCGACUGAGUGGCAGGGACCCCUCCUCAUGGACAGUCGAGGAUGUGAUGCAGUUUGUUCGGGAAGCUGACCCGCAGCUCGGACCCCAUGCUGACCUUUUUCGUAAACACGAGAUUGACGGCAAGGCGCUGCUCCUGCUGCGCAGUGACAUGAUGAUGAAGUACAUGGGUCUGAAGCUGGGGCCCGCGCUCAAGCUCUGCUACCACAUUGACCGGCUGAAGCAGGGCAAGUUCUGAACAGGAAGCACGGCGCAGACACCUGAGUGGGGAGUGGAUGGGGCUGGUGUUCUUCCUCCAGGAAGCAGCAGGCCCACUCCCGGUCCUCACUGGGGUUCGGGGCCACCUCAGGACUGCAGGAAGCUGUGCGGAAACCCCACUGCUGCCCUCCUGUCAUGACGUGUCCUUCCAUGAAGGGCUGAGAUGGGGGAGUGUGGGGCCCAGGGCUGGCACUGCUCUUCCCUCAGCCCUGCCUCUGCUCCGAGGCCCUCUAUUUAUUUCCCCGAGCGUGGCGGCCUCUCACCAGAAGUUUAGACUGAACAGCUACCAUGUGAUGGCGGAAGGAGCCAACCCCUGGGCUUCGGAAGAAGGGGCCCUGAACUGACCCUUGCGCCUGGUUCCCUUACCACCUGCUGGGCCUGCUGUGGCACUGUUGGCCACAGCUCCUGCCUUCUCCUAUGAGUUCCCCAGACUUUAAACUCAUGGUGCGACCUCUACCUUUUUUAAAAAAGAUCUUUCCUCAUUGCUAAUUUAUUGCUUCUGGCACUGGGGCAAGCCCUUCAGUUCCUACUCCUCUCACUCCAAACCUGGGGCUUUAGGAGGAGAGAGACUGCCCUGCCCUGGUCCCAGAGAGGCGUGGCCCCUCCACAGAGGAUGUGGCCCCAGGGCACUUUCUCUUUGGGCUAGGCAGACCCCUAAGGCCUUGACCACAUCUCUCAGCCUGGGGAGGAAGGGUCCUUGUUGCCUUGCCCUCUCUCCCUCCACUGGGCCCUUUGCAGCCCCAGCCUGAUCUGCGGGAGUGGGAGUGCCCUGCCCCGCACCGUCCCGACACAGCUUCCUGCCGUGGCCAGAACCGCUGCAGCAGAAGUUUGCGCCAGUGAUUUUAGGCCAAGAAGGCCCUGAAGUGGGUGGGAGGAAAGUGUCUCCAGGCUGGAGCCUGACUGCACUCUGGCCACGGUCCACAUGCUUCCUUCAUAAACAGGUCAGCAGCAUCGCUGCCCUGCUGCUAUUGGGACUUAUUUUAUGUCAAUUUGUUUAUAAAUAAAAAACAAGAUAGA